AUGCGGGUCAAAGUAUUCGAAUGGCUGAUUCUCUGCUGCGCUGUCAUCCCUUCUGUGGUCUUAGGUCUCGUUGAUCGUACCAACGCUGCUAAGAUAAAUCGUUUUGGAAACGUAGAGGCCACUGCAAUAGUAAACAAUUUGCAACCACACGUAUCGCGAUCGAAAUACCUGGGAAAUCUCGGCAGUGAUAUACGGUGUGGAACACCGAAUACAUCUCAGCGGGCAUUCCUUUCACCGAAGGCAGGCAUCGGGUCACGCUGUUGGUACAAAAAACACUGGAAUAAGAGGUACUAUGGAUACUAUAGCGACUGUACAACGCUUGCUGUUGGUAACAUGCAGAAUGUAGCGGCAAAGAGAUCUAACAGCAGCUCAAAACAUGAACCCAUUAUUGGAGGGGACAUCGAUACUCCACCUGGAAUCCUACACACUGCUGAAACGCCAGAGAUGCGCAAUUUCACGGAUGAGAUGUGGAAACAACAGGUACCUCUGCGUGAGGCUGUGGAACGUCUUAACCUGUUAGAACCCAUACAGCCAGACAGCGUAUUGGACAAUUUCAUGUACGGCAAGAGUACGCAGAGCGUUGAUGAGCUUGUGAAACAGGAAAAUGAAAGUGAAACAGGGCACAAUGAUGAAGAGGUGAUCGGUUAUGUUGCGCCAACGGAAUAUGUUGACGAAAAGCAGUACCUCGCGGAAACUCAAGAAACAAAGCCUGACAGAAGCACGGUUGUGGACUCGCCAAUGGAGGAGGACAUGUCCGAUGAUGAGGACGACACAGGUAUAUACGAAGUCAACUACUCUGCACUCAACAGCAGUGAACGGCAGUUAGUACUCACACUGAUGUACAGUAAGCUGGAGGAACCAGAGAGCCAUGAGGAAAUCCUCAAGGAAAUGCUAGCAGGAGAUAUGGGAGGUUUGACAGAAAAACAAUGUAGGACAUAUUUUGACAAAUUCAGACGUAUAGGAGAUAUACUCCUUGAACUGAACAAAACCGUACAGGUGAAACCACUGCAAACGGACUGGAUACCAGAAGUGCAAGCGCGGAUACGAGAUUUUGUUUCCAAUAUGGGACACGAAGUUACGUCAAUAAAGUGGACGGAGCAUAGCUUGAUUAUCGCGCUGAAGGGCAUAUUUGCGGAAACACGUUUAGAAAAGCUUCAUGAAGCCUUGGCGGCAUACCUCCGCACAGAUGCAGGAGCUGAUAUCUGCCCAGGGAUUAAAAACAUUGGUAUACUGCUCUGCAUGGCCACUCCUGAUGAGGGUGAAAGUUAA